CCAGGCUGUCACAAGGUCAUCUCCUGCUCCGCUGUGCCACUCUGUAUGUAAUGCAGGAGAUCCCCCACCACUCCUACCAGUCCAUGCAGCCUUUAAAAACACAGUAGGCUGUUGCACAGACAGCAGAACUGGUUCUUCCUCUCACACACACACACAAACACUGAUACUCACUCGAUUGAGCAACCGGCUGGAAGGGAGAGAGAACAAGCACCUGACAGACAGCUGGUAUAGCAGUGCUCUUUCUGCUGGAUGAUCUAAUUAAUCACCGAGUUGCGCCUAUAUAACCGGAAACAUUCUCUAUUGUGGAACAUAUUCCAACGUGACCCUCAUCCAGUUGGGCUGGUGACAUCCUUGAAGGAUCUAAAAAACCCAUUCAUCUACAUUCCUCACACACUGUACCCUGUACCAUGGUGCUGAGUGAAGAUCAUGAGUGUGGUGUUUGCUAUGAGCGCUACUCCCGUAGCAAGCACGUUCCCAGAAUGCUCUUCUGCAACCACACAUUUUGUGGCCCUUGCCUGGAGACAAUGGCCACAGAGCGGAGUGGCAUGCUGAGCAUCAGAUGCCCGCUGUGUCGCCAAGUGUCCUGCGUGCGCCGUGGUCUCACUCUGGAGGAGGCCCUGUGGGUCAACAGCCGCCUGUGGGACCGUAUACCAGAGGCACAAGAGCUGGAAGUAAGGGAGGAGGAUUUGGACAAAGUAUGCAAGGAAGAGAAGAGAAAGAGCGCUGUUGCAGCAUUUCCAGUGCAACUUCAUUGCAGGUUUAGUUUAAUGCCCCAGCAUGACAGACUCAGACUACGACUCCCAGGGUUCCUGAGGAAAAUGAUUGUCCCCAGGCAGUCGCAGGAAAGGAUAGUCCCUGGAUGUAACGUGCGAGGGAAAUUGUGGCGAAGGCUGUCAGGAGAAGAAAUGGCCUGAACUAGGUUAUGCCAGAUGAUGCUGCACUCUUCUUUUGCCAUUGUCAUUGAAGACUACGUUCCACAGGCGUAGUCAGUAGUGUCCUGGAUUACUAAACGAUCAGGAGCUCUCUUGACUGAACUGCGAUUUCCGCAUGAAUGGUUUGACCGGUCUAUCUGUGGGGAUCUUCUCAUUAUCCGUUUCAUCCAUAAUCCUCUACAGCUGCUGCGACGGGAUCUGUUUCAGCUGUUCCAACAUAGACAAUGGGGCAAAGUAGGAAAAGAGAGAGGGUCCCAGAUUGCAAUGAGGUGGAACAGAUGGCCUCCUUAGUUAGACCCCCUUCCUGACUCAAACUGCACCCCAACUCCACACAAACCAUUUAACUUAUUAUUGUUGUUGUUUUUUAUCUCAUUUAUAACUUAUUUUCAAUUAAAUAUUCUUUUCAGUGGGCAUGUCAUUGUUUUUCUUUGCGCUUCCCGUGGCUUUCUGGAGCUGGUUCAGUCAUGUUUUUAGGGAUUGAAUACUUUGUAUUUCCCCUACUGCUGUCUGUUUGGUUAGCUUAAAUUAAUGAUGAAGUGUUUAUGCCAUCUGUGAGGCUUUCUUGGGCCAAACCAGCCCUCCAGAGAUGUUGUGUUAAUGCCAGUGAAAGGGAAAGUUGUUCAGCCAAACCCACUGAGCUCCAGAUCCACUGGCACUUAACUUGCAGUUAAGAUUUAAUUUAUGCCUCUCUGCUCUCUUUUGGCAUGACACUCGGUCUCAACAGAAUCACACAAAGCAAAUGUCACAGGCCUCUUAUCAGAUAGAGUCUGCUUUCGUAUUCACCAGCCUGGCAUUAAUCAUGGCAAAAAUCAGCAUAUGCUGUCUAUCAUUUAAAAAAGAGUUUAUUCACACUUGGUUGCACUUCAUCUCUGACAGAUAUGGAGGCCAGUGUAUAUAAAACAAAUCUAUAUUUUAGGAUUAAUGCCAGUUUACUAGACACCAAAAUAAAAAAUAAGUCAUUAAAACAAGGUAAAAAUAUGAACUACAAAUGGGCCUUGUGAUCCAGGAAUUGUGGUCAAUGUUCUAGAGUUUCUAGCUCUUAAAAAUAAGCAUGUUUAGCAUUAAAGAAUCUGGAUAAUUGAUAUGAUUAAAGUACUAUAUCAAUA